AUGUUUUCUAAUGAAAAAAUCUUUGGAACUCUCUUUGCCAACCAGAUUGUAGUUGGAAUCCUAGGGAAUUCACUCCUACUUUAUUUCUACAUAUUCAAUUUUAUCCAUGGUCAUAAGGGAAAACCCAUAGAUCUGAUUCUCACUCAUCUGUCCCUUAUGAAUGUCUUGUUACUUCUUAUUAAGGGAAUGACCCGGACAGUGACACUUUUAGGAGUAAGAAAUUUCCUUGGUGAUAUUGCUUGUAAAACUAUAGUCUACCUAGACAGAGUGUUUCGUAGCCUUUCACUCUGCAGCAUGUGCCUUUUGAGUAGUUUUCAGGCCAUCUCUAUCAGUUUACACAGCCCUAUGUACACAGUGCUCAAAACAAGAGCUCCAAAGUACAUCAUUCCUUCCUUUAUCCUCUGUUGGAUUCUCAGUCUACUAAUAGAAGGAGCUAUUCCCAUACAUAUGGUUACACCCCCAAAUAGUUCAAGUUUUAGGGACAACUGGAACUCAGAUAUUUGCACUUUGACUAUUUACGCCAUGAACACCUUCAACAUUAUACUAUGGAAGACCCUUUAUGAUUCUGUGUGGUUUGGACUCACAAUAUGUAACAGUAUAUAUAUCAUAUUUAUGAUGCAAAAACACCACCAUCAAGUCCUUUACAUUUAUAGCAUCAGCUUCACCCUUAGAACUUCUCCUGAGAUCAGGGCUGUCAAGACUGUUACGAUGCUUAUGAACAGUUUUAUCUGUUUUCAUUUAGCCAGUUCUAUCUUUUUUGUUCUUUAUAGGUCUUCUCAAACAUCUAGUUCCUGGAUGUUACAUGUUUCUUCCUUUAUGACCGGGUGUUUUCCAACUUUCUGCCCCUUUGUGCUGAUCAGCAGUAUAAGCAGGUACCCCAGAACCUGUUUUUUUUUUUCAAUAAUGGAAUAA